UGCCUGUUCAUCACAAUUCCUGUGUCUCCUCCAGAAUCAGUGAAAGGAUAAGACACAUCAAAAUGGAAAGUUUCAGUGCCAAGGAAUCACCCCUUCCUCAGUGAAAUAAGGUUUCCUGAUGUCCUUCAAGGAUCAAGAACAUGGUUGGGCACAUGGUGUGUGCUAAGGAAGGAAUGGAUUGAAUUGAGCCUCUGCAGAACGUGGACUAUUUGGAGGCGCUGAAUUUGGCCUCUGGGUGAAUACUUGCCUCAGAUCAGCCCACUUAGCAGUGAACAGCAAUGGGCCAAAAGAGACACGCCAAAAGAAUUCAACUUGCCAGAUGUCAUCAUGUCUCCAAGAGGUCCUACUUGCUUAACUCUUCAAACCGAAGGUUUCAAAACAGCAAAUCAAAUAUUCCAGGAACCAGCUCAGUUAAAUUUGAGAAAGUAAUAGAGGUUGAUAAUGAUGAGAUUUGUGAUGCAGUCUGGCAAUCAAAAUUUGUUCUGAAGAACCUCCAGCAUUACGCAAUCCAUCCAAAUUUGGCCUGGUACUAUGAGCCUUUGAAGUCCACUGCUUUGCAGAGGUUCCUGGCUCAAAACAGGAAAAUCAGAAGCUUCAUGUUAAAAGUAGCAGAGUAUGAUCAGGAUAAGACCUUGCUGAUUCUGACCAACAACCCACUUCCCUGCCCAAUUGACCAGCAAGGAAAGGACAUGGCACCAAAAUACUUUUCCAAGGAGUUGCCGCUCAAGGAAAGUUAUCAGCAUAAACCUCCUGGGACUGUCUGCCUACCCCUGAUGUCUCAGAAAAAAAAGUUAAGAUCUGGGCUGAAACCAACCUUUCCUGUGACCCUGUUGGAGGAUCCUACAUCCCAGCGAGAACAGUGGUUUAGGUUUUCCACCGACAAUGAUUUCAAGAGUGAAGGGAAGUAUUUAAAGGUCUGUGCUUUGAGGAAACAGAAAAAAAUGUACCCCCAGCUCAACUUUGCUUCAGUCUGUAAAAGAGAUAUGAGGAAAGAUGUCGCCAAGUCAGGGAGUGACGUGCCGACCUCCGAGGCGGCCCGCGCACCGCCGAGCCUUUCCUCGCUCCCGAACCAGGAACCCGCCAGCCCUGUGCCCGGGGAGCGCGCCCGCCGCGACGGAAGGGCCCCGCAGCGGAUCGUCAGGAAGGCCGCUGCCCUCCAGUGAAGGCGACCCUCCCGGCCGCCGCCGCCUCCCCAGGCUCGGGGGCCGCACCAGGCGCCGUCCAGGGCGCGCAGACCAAAUAAAACCGCAUUGUGCUCGC